AGCCAUUUUGGCCUCAAGCAGGGGAGGGCGGGGCGGAGCCCGGCGGCGAACAGAAGAAGGAGCCGCGAGGGGCUCCCCUGGGCCGCAGGGGCCAGGGGCCCGAGGCCGACCGGGCCACGCACGCGGCGCACAUGGCGGCCGACACGCCGGUGUUUCGCCAAGGCCAGGAGGUGUACGUGUUCUACCGCCAGGCCACGAGGCGCUCGGCGGUCUGCGGCGGUGCUCGACCCGCGCCACGGGGCGUACCGGCCGCGCAGCGGCCUCUCGGACACUGGGGGCUACCCAGAGUGGCCAGCGGACUACUACGCCCAGUCGUCGUCGAGCCCAGGCGUGCUGAUAGAGUACAGGUGGCCGCACUUCUUCACGGCCCGCGGCAACCUCGUAGACAGCGACGGCGACUACUCGGAGAUCUACCCGGAGAGGGACGUGACGGCUGCGGGCGAGCCGCCGCCUGGGCCCCGCCCCUGGGCCGGCCUGGUGCCCCACGGCUCCGAGCCGGAGCUGGCGAUCCUCACCUUCCGCUGGGGCG